AUGAGCUCUAGUAAUUAGCAAAAGUAACCAACUGUAGAAGAUAUUCUAUAGGCUCAUUAAAAAAUAAAACCUUAUAUCCACUAAACUCCAAUUAUCACAUGCACUUCAUUGAAUCAGUUAGUUGGAGCUGAUUUAUAUUUUAAAUGUGAAAACUUCUAAAAAGGAGGCUCGUUUAAAUCAAGAGGAGCUGCUAAUGCAAUAUUGUCAUUAAGCAAAGAAUAAAAAAAGAAUGGAGUAGGCACUCACUCUUCAGGAAAUCAUGGAGGAGCGUUAGCCAGAAUGGCUUAAAUUUUUUAGAUACCCUCCUACAUUAUCAUGCCUUUUGAUGCACCUAAUAGUAAAAAAAGAUCUGUUUAAAAUUAUGGAGGUAAAAUCAUAGAAUGUGGUGCAACUAUUGCUGAUAGAGAAGGUACUUUAGAAAAAACUAGAAAAGAAACUGGAUGUGAAAUUGUGCAUCCAUACAAUGAUUAUAGAGUAAUCAAAGGUUAGGGAACUAUAGCUUUAGAGAUUUAUUAAUAAAUUUAAAAACCUUUAGAUUUUAUCAUUACUCCGGUUGGAGGAGGUGGCUUAUUAAGUGGUAUUUUGAUUGCUUCAAAAGCUAUUUCACCAUCAACUAAGGUUAUUGCAGCUGAGCCUUUUUUGGCUAGAGAUGCAUAUUUAUCUUUGAUUAGCGGCAAGGUUGAACCUCAAUUUCCUCCUAAAACAAUAGCUGAUGGAAUAAGAGCAAAUUUAGGAGAUAAAACUUUUGAUAUAAUUAAGGACAAAUGUGAUGGAAUUUUACUUGUAGAAGAACAAGAAAUAGUUGAUGCAACAAAUUUAAUUUGGUAGAGGAUGAAAAUAAUAGUUGAACCUACUUCUGCAACUGUACUAGCAGCUGUAAUUAAAAACAAAGAAUUAUUUAAGGGCAAAAGCAUAGCUUUAGUUUUAACAGGAGGUAACACAGAUAUUGAAUAUAAACCAAAGCUUUGA